GGGCGUGGAGCGGAGCGGAGCGGGGAGGAUGGGGGCCGCCCGCGAGAUCGAGCAGCCCGAGGCCGAGGGCGGAGAGGAGGAGGACUACGAGGAGGACUACGACGAGGAGGAGGAGGACGGAGAGCAGGAGGAGGAGGAGCGGGAGGCGCUGGCGGGGGGCACGGCGGGCGCCGCGAGUCCCUGGAACAUCAUGAUCAAGCACCGGCUGGUCCAGCGGCGAGGACGGCGCUCUCAGAUGAUGACCAGCUUCACGGACCCCGUGGUCUCCAUGGACCUGUUGCGAGCCGUUCUGCAGCCCACCAUCAACGAUGAGAUCCAGGCUGUCUUUGGUAAAUACAUGAAGUUUUUCCAGAAGGCAGCAGGGAACGUGCGAGAGAACGUGGGAGAAGAUGUGGACAUGGAGCAGCUCAUUCACGAAACGUGUCGGAACUGCUUGGAGCAGGCUAAACUUCUCUUCUGUGAUGACAAGAAGUCUGUUGCGAGGCUGCCGCAUGAGGUGCCAACAAUGAAGCGUACCAAGCCUGUGGAAGAGGAAGUGAACCGGCAAGGGAGCCCCCUCCCCAAGAAGAGGAAGGGACGGCCUCCAGGACAGAGCCAAUUGAGUGAUCCAAAGCCUGUGGGCGGGAGCACGGGGAAAAACAAAUCCUGUGAGCCAGUGCCGAGGGAUGGUCCCAAGUGGGACCCUGCACGGAUCAAGGACUCCACACCUCUUGUGCUUGGAUCAAGAGCAAACAAAGCCCUGGGUAUGGGAGGGACCAGAGGAAGACUCUACAUCAAACACCCCCACAUGUUUAAGUAUGCGGCUGAUCCUCAGGACAAGCACUGGCUAGCAGAGCAGCAGCACAUGCGGGCCACCGGUGGCAAGAUGGCCUAUCUUCUUCUAGAGGAAGACAUUCGAGAUCUGGCAGCAAGUGAAGAGUACAGAGGAUCUCCAGAGCUGAAGCUGGAUGAACUGAAGCCUUUCACCCCACCACCUUGGAUGACCGUGAAGAUGAGGAAAUACAUGGAGACCCUGCGCAAUGAAGGGGAGCAGCAUCCACCACAGUCUGUGCCUCCUCCGCCGCAAGAAGGAGCACCCAAAACCUAGGCUUCCUCUGGUCCUAACCCCUCAGGGAGAACUCUUGGGCUCUCCCAUCUGUCUCUGCUGGAGAAGAUGGGUUUGUGCAGCUGUCGUGGGGCUGAUGGAAAGCAGGAGAGACAAGUGCAUGGCUGGAGCUGGAUGGAGGGCAGCUCUCUAGCACUCAGGUCCAGGGACAGCGCAGAGUCGGUCCUGGGCUCCACCAUUUUGUUUCUGUAUUGGGCUCAUAGGGACCGGCUGGAAAUAAACAUACAUCUGCUUGA